UUCUGAGGGGAACACACACAAUCAGGACUCGGAGUUUGUUUUGUUUUGUUUUGUUUGUUUUUUAUUUUUAGAGCAGUUACUUCUCCCAAAACUGCGCCGGUUAUUGAGGAAAAACUAUCGGUAUCGUGCAGAAGAGCUGGAGCUCAGGUACUUUCUGCGUGGAUGUGAGGCUCCGUUUCACUGCACAUCAUGGACGACUGAUUCACCCUGCUGACAUAACAGGUUAAUAAUCAUUCACAGACAGAGAGGAAAGGAAUGGGCUAUGAUUCCAGGUGAUAAGGCGGAGGAAGUCUUCAGCUUAACAAAGACCAUAGAUGAAUUUUUGCCAUGCUACAUGGGAAGGCUCUGAACUCCACCCUGCUCUUGCUCCUCAUCCUCAUCGUCUUUGUUUCUGCCCAUGGUCGCUCCUACCCCUGUUUUUCCCGUAAUGACACUGAAUUCCAGCACCUGGUGCUCCACCCAGACCCCUCUGUGGGGACGGUGUACGUGGGGGCCAGGGACCACCUCUUCCAGCUGGAUGGAUUAGAUGGACUCCGGCUGGAACAAGAGGAGGUGACUGGCCCCGUCAGCGACAGCAAAGACUGCCUUCCACCGAUCACAGAGUUCAACUGUCACCAGGCCAGGAGAACCAGUAACCACAACAAAUUACUGCUGGUGGAUCCAAAGGCAUUGGAGUUGAUCACCUGUGGCAGUGUACACCAGGGCAUCUGCCAGAAACGCAGCCUGUCAUCAAUCAAAAAGGUUCUCUUCUCCACCGAGAGACCUGUGGAUACACAGUACGUUGCGGCCAAUGAUCCGUCGGUGUCGACGGUGGGGCUGGUGGUCGGGCUUCGUGGCGGGGAACGGACAGUAAUGUAUGUGGGGAGGGGCUAUACUGCCAGCCACCCACCCAUAUCUACCCGGCACCUUUCAUCAGGACCCAUCUUUUCCUACGAGGAGACUGCUAAGCUGGCUGUAGCUGGGCGUCUGUCAGAGUACGACCACCAUUUUGUGACAGCAUUCACACGGCGCACAUAUGUGUACUUCUUGUUUUACCGCCGUGACAUAAAGUCAGUAUCAAGGGAGUACCGGACCUAUGCUGCCCGAGUGUGUCUGGAUGACACCUCCUACUAUUCCUAUGUGGAAGUUCCUCUCGUCUGCCGAUCCCCAACCUCUCCUUCAAGGACGUACAACCUGCUCCAGGCAGCCCAGGUGGGACAAGGUGCAGGCCGAGAAGGCGAGGAUCUGCUGGGAGUCUUCUCCACCCACGUCAGCUCCACAAACAACAAUCCCUUGGAUGCCUCGGCUCUGUGCGUUUACCCUCUGGAUGAGCUUGACAGGCACAUCGACUCCACCCGUGACCUCUGCUACACCCAGGAUGGGCGGGUGGAGGGGAGAGGAGAGGUGGCUUACAUAGAGUACGAGGUCAAGUCCAGCUGUGCCAACCUGCCCCUGAAUACCCUGAAGGCGUAUCCCUGCGGCUCUGACCACACCCCUAGUCCAAUGGCGAGCCGGACACCGCUGGAAGCUAAAACCGUGUGGCACACCUCAGCCGCCCGUCUUACCGCUGUGGCUGUCAGUGUCCGAGACGGACACAGCAUCGCCUUCCUGGGAGACUCCAAAGGGACUCUGCAUAAGGUGUAUCUUGGCCGAGAUGGUAUGGUGGAGGUAUAUGCCAACACAACAAUCCAUCCCAGCUCAGCCAUUAACAGUGACCUUUUACUGGAUCAGAAUGGAGCACACAUCUACAUCAUGACCAAAUCUAGUGUAGAGAAGCGUCCGGUGGCAGAAUGUGGAGAUCACCUGGACUGUCAGUCCUGUCUGUCUUCCAAAGAUCCCUACUGUGGCUGGUGUGUCUUGGAGGGAAGGUGUGGUCAGCGCUGGGAGUGCCAGCGAGGGUCUCUGCAGGGCCAUUGGUUGUGGAGUUUCAACCAGACGCAGCAGUGCCUCAGUAUUCAGCAGCUCAGCCUCUACAACAUCAGCCGUGGGGAGAAAACUGAUAUUACAGUGUCAGUAGAGGGCCUCCCCAGUCUGGGAGGAGGAGAGUUCUACUCUUGCUUUUUCCAGGACACAGAAACCCCUGCCUCGCUCACUAACACUGGUGUGACAUGCUCCACCCCUGAUGCCAGCAGUCUUCCCCCCAUUAGCCAUGGAGAUGAAUUUGUGAUGGUGACCCUGUCACUGCGCUUCAUCAAUGUGACGGUGGCAGAGACAGAAUUCACCUUCUACAACUGCAGCUUGGUUCAGGAGCUCUCUGGACGCAGACCAUGCCAAGGGUGUGUUAGCAGUCACUGGGGGUGUAACUGGUGUAUCCACCAGCAUGUCUGCACACACAAACACACCUGCAGCCAAGGAGUCACUAUCUACAACCAGAACUUCAAACCGCCAACACCCACCAUCCCACCCCCCUCCAGAAAACUGAUCCCUUUACCCCCUACUGUCCGGGCUGCUACAACAACAACAACAACAAGCACAACAACAACACAGCUGCCACCCACAGAGAUACCUACCCCAACCACAGCAGCUGCCCUUUCAACUGCCACCACAGUGACACCACCCACCACCCCUAAUGCUGAAUCUACAGCACCCCUUACCCUGGCCACGACUUCCCCCUUUGUCAGGACCCAGGCCACCACCGUCCACACUGAUGUCACCGCCGUAGACGGUUCCUUUUCUGAUGUGGAGAGAACGACAGAGGGAAAUGGUGCCACUACACAAGGUUUUUCAGAGGAUGAGGAUGCUGACACCUUAAAUAUCACUGAUGAACCCCUCCUCACUACAUUACGCAGCAGUACUAGUGUCCAGGUAGACUCUGACCUGAGAGUUUUAGAGCUGUCUGGUGAAACGAUGGGCUCUUCCUCAGAUGUGAGCUCAACUACCUCCAGCGAAGCAGCCCUUUUAAUAGACCUUUCUGUCAGUGACAGGAAGGACUCUAAAGAGACUGACUCACCUCCAUGGUUGAGUGAGUGGGAGAAGCCAGAGGGAGAGACUGAGGUGGACUCUGCAACAGGUUCAUCUGUUGCAGGUGCCAGCGAAAGCUCGGCCAUCUUUACACAAUCACCUAAAAUGGUUGAUGACCUCAACUUUGAAUCUGCAACAAACUACCAAUCAGAUUUUUCGACUGACUCUUAUUUUCUGGAAUGUCCGUGUGUGAAGAAAGUUCAGGAUUCCUCCCUCCUCCCCGUCAAUGUGGAGAGGAAAAUCACUCUGGUUGGACAACAUCUAAACCUGUUUCAGGAUGAGAAUUUGGACUACGAGUGUGUGUUGGACAUUGAGAAUCAGUCAGUGGUGGUGGAUACCUCUGUGGAGCCGGAUGCCUCACAGCCAUCAGUCUUCUUUAUCUCCUGCCAACCUCACCAGUAUACCUAUUCUGUCUUGAUGGAGGAAUAUCCAGCCAUGAUCAACGUGAGGAGAAAAAACUACUUCCUCAUCGACAGCGCUGAGGAUCUGUAUGUGACUCUGUUCAAUUGUUCGGUGGGACGGUCCGACUGCAGCCGAUGUCGUACCGCUGACCCCAAGUAUGGCUGUGUUUGGUGUGGUGGAGCUGCGAGCUCUCACUGUGUGUAUCAGGACUCCUGCGCUGAUGAGAUCAAACACACCUGCCCUGCACCUGUCAUUCACUUUUUGGACCCAGUGUCCGGUCCUGUAGAGGGAGGGACAGUAGUGACUAUUUCAGGCUCUAACCUCGGCCAGAGAGCUGAAGACAUCCAGAACUCAGUCACAGUAGCUGGAGUCCCCUGCAGUGUCAUCCACAGCAGAUAUGAAGUCUCCUCAAGGAUAGUGUGUGAGACUACAAGCAGCGGACGAGAGACGAGCGGCCACGCCUCAGUCAAAGUGAGGGGAGGAGGUCUCGGACUGUCGGCUCAGGUCUUCAGCUUCCAGGAUCCUGUACUCAGCAGCAUCUUCCCCCAAAGAGGACCCAAGGCGGGGGGCUCGUCUCUUACCAUCAGAGGUCGGAGACUAAGGACCGGACACCCGAGUGAAGUCAGCGUCCUAAUUGGAGGAGUGCCGUGUGUGGUGCUGAACAUCCAGGAGGAUCAGAUCAGCUGUCGGACCAAAGGCAGCAACAGGACGGGAGAACACGGCAUCACUGUGCGGUUUGGGGGGGCAGAGCGCCAUCUGCAGGGUUUGGUGUAUCAUUACACCCCCAACCCCAACAUCACAGCAGCUGCUCCAUCCAAAAGCUUUCUCAGGGGAGGCAGAAUCAUCAGAGUUUCUGGUCAGAACCUGGACGUGGUCCAAGAGCCAAAAAUGAGGGUCACCCUCAGUCCUCCUGAUACCCUCCCUCCCAGGAGGAGAAGGAGCAUUAAUAGGUGGAAUGAAGGAAGCCUGAACGGAGGACAGGAUCAUAAGGGUCCACUGAAGAGGUGGAGGAGGAUCGUCCCAGACUCAGACUGCCCUGAAGGUGCUCUGUGUCAUGUCAAACAGUACGAGUCUCGCUGCACAGUGAACAGCUCCUCCCUCAUCUUGUGUCCAACCCCGGAGGUGGGUCCCGAGGCCAGGAGAGCCAGGGUCAAAGUUCAUUUCCUGCUGGACAGCCUCCAUUUUGACUUCAGCACUGUGGGGAAUGAAGCUUUCAGCUAUGAGUCCAACCCAAAGCUUUACCGACUGAACCGGAAUGACCUCAGCAAACCAUACCACCACAAACCUGGCAGCAUCAUCUCUGUUGAGGGAGAGAACCUGGAUCUGGCCAUCUACAAGCAUGAGGUGGAGGCUCGGAUAGGGGAGGGGGUGUGUUCGGUGAAGACCCUGACCCACAACCACUUGUACUGUGAACCACCAGCCCAGCAGCCUUCAGUGGCAGCUAGCAAGAAGCAGGAUGGCAUGGACAGUCUGCCUGAGUUCACCGUAAAAAUGGGGAACCUGAACUUCUCCCUGGGCAGAGUGCAGUACGACAGCCAGGCCCAGUCCACAUUUCCCCUGGAAGCCCAGGUGGGAGUCGGGGUGGGAGCCUCCAUAGUGGCUCUCAUUGUGCUCAUCAUAGUGCUCAUUUACAGGAGAAAGAGCAAACAGGCCAUGAGGGACUAUAAGAAGGUGCAGAUUCAGCUAGAGAACCUGGAGACCAGUGUGCGAGAUCGCUGUAAGAAGGAGUUCACAGACCUGAUGACAGAGAUGAUGGACAUGUCCAGUGAUUUGGUGGGCUCAGGGAUUCCCUUCCUGGAUUACCGGGCGUACGCCGAGCGUAUUUUCUUCCCGGGCCACCAGGAGUCACCACUGAGGCGAGAUCUGGAUGUUCCAGAGAGUCGAAGGCAGACUGUGGAGCAAGGCCUGGUUCAGCUGUCCAACCUGCUCAACAGUAAACUCUUUCUCACCAAGUUUAUCCACACUCUGGAGGUCCAGCGUACAUUUUCCCCCAGGGAUCGGGCUUAUGUGGCCUCUCUGCUGACGGUAGCCCUGCAUGGUAAACUGGAGUACUUCACAGACAUCCUGAAGACACUCCUUAAUGAUCUGGUGGAACAGUAUGUGGCCAAGAACCCCAAACUGAUGCUCAGGAGAACUGAAUCUGUGGUUGAGAAGCUCCUGACAAACUGGAUGUCCAUUUGUCUGUUUACCUUUCUGAGGGAAUCGGCAGGGGAGUCGUUCUACAUGCUGUUCAGAGCAAUAAAGCACCAGGUGGACAAGGGACCUGUGGACGCCGUGACAGGAAAAGCCAAGUACACACUGAAUGACAACCGGCUGCUACGAGAGGACGUGGAGUACCGCACGCUGACUCUAAACGUUGUGAUGCCAGCUGCAGCAGCCAGCGGAGGCACUACUACCCAGACGGUACCUGCCAAAGUCCUGGACUGUGACACCAUCACCCAAGUGAAGGAGAAGCUCCUGGAACAAACCUGGAAGGGAACCUCCUUUUCCCAGAGGCCUCACAUCGACUCCUUACAUCUUGAGUGGCGUGCAGGUGUCGCAGGUCACCUGAUCCUAUCAGAUGAGGACCUGACAUCAGUAGUACAAGGCACAUGGAAGCGCCUUAAUACACUGCAACACUACAAGGUCCCUGAUGGAGCAACGGUCGCCCUCGUGCCCAGGAACGCCAAACAUCACCUCCACGACAGCCAUGAUUACAUGCCUGGAGAAAAGACCCCUAUGCUGGAUGACGGAGAGGAGGGAGGAGUGAGGCUUUGGCAUCUGGUGAAAGCCAGUGAAGAGUCUGAGCUGCCCAAGCACAGGAGAGGUAGUCUGAGGGAGAGAGGAGGGGAGAGAGCCAAGGCUAUCCCCGAGAUCUACCUCACACGGCUGCUCUCCAUGAAGGGGACACUGCAGAAGUUUGUGGAUGAUUUAUUCACAGCGAUCCUCAGCACCAGUCGUCCUGUACCUCUGGCCGUCAAAUACUUCUUCGACUUGUUGGAUGAGCAGGCUCUGCAGCACAACAUCACGGACCCCGAGACCAUCCACAUCUGGAAAACCAACAGUUUACCACUGCGGUUCUGGAUCAAUAUCCUCAAGAACCCACAGUUCAUCUUUGACGUGCAGACCUCAGACCAUGUGGAUGCUGUGCUGUCUGUCAUUGCUCAGACCUUCAUGGAUUCUUGUACCAUCGCUGACCACAAACUGGGACGGGACUCUCCCAUCAACAAGUUGCUGUAUGCCAGAGACAUCCCGCGCUACAAACAGAUGGUGGAGAGGUAUUACGCAGACAUCCGUCAGACUAUCUCCGCCAGUGACCAGGAGAUGAACUCAGCUCUAGCAGAACUCUCUCAUAAUUAUGCUGCUGAGGUCAACUGCCUUGUCGCUUUGCAUGAGCUGUACAAGUACAUCAACAAAUACUAUGAUCAAAUUAUCACGGCCCUGGAAGAGGACUCCACAGCUCAGAAGAUGCAGCUUGGUUACAGGCUCCAACAGAUUGCUGCUGCUGUAGAAAACAAAGUCACAGACCUAUGACCCCGAGGACAGGAUGGAUCUCUCCUUUAACCUUGAGGAGAGGACAGUAGUGAUUUUAAAGACAAGGGAGGACAAAGGAACAUUUUGGCACAUACCGUGUGUUCGCUGUCAUUUCGACAGACUAAUUUUCAGUGAAGUGAGAAAUUCGGAUCACUGAUACUGGUCAUGUUUCCUGACCUGUACGCAGGAGGUGCAGUAAUACUCCCUUGAAGUUUCCACAGGUCCUAACACUGGGAGUAAGGUAGCACUGCUCUGAGGGAAAAAAAGGAGAAAAUGUGAAAUGAAGCACAUCAAAACAAAGGAACUUCCUCUGAGCUAUGAUUCCUCUCACGAGGAUUUCUCACAUUGAAUUCAAACUAAAGGGAGAUGUAACAUGAAGAGAGAUCUUUGUGUUUUUCCUCUGACUCCGUGUAUCUUGUUGGACUUUGACAAAGCGCACAGAACAUUCCUGCAAGUUUACAGCUACGCUUCUUAGUCUUCUGCUGCCGAAUGGAUGCUGGAGGUGGAGGCUGGAUGUUGAAACCGUGAACGAGGAGGCAAAGGGAGGAGGAGGAGGACUUGAACUUUAACGUCGACAGCUGGGGGAAUUUUUUUUACUACAUUUUGUCAAAGUCUUACACAAAGAACCGAUAAUGACACUGUCAAAGUGCUGUGGAGGCCUGAAGAGCCUGUUUUCAUUCUGCUUUUAGCUUCCUUAAAUCUUUCUGCCGAGUCUUACGCUCUGUGAGUUCAGUUAGCUGUGAUUGGACGGUUUGUUGCUUUGUGUAAACACUUUUCCAGGAUAGAUUUUCUUUUUCAUUUUUUUUAAGCUUCGCAUCACCAGUUGUCCUUUCACUGUGAUUUACAGACCCUGACUCAUGUAGUUUGAACUGAAAACCUGUCCUUUGUAGUGUUGACCUUAUUUCGUUGAGGACAUAGUACAUGAAUACUCUGAACUUGCUUUCUUUUCAUGGCGGCCUAGUGCUAUUGAGAAAUGGUUGUUUUUUUUGUUUUUUUUGGUUAUGUUUCACAGAUGGUGAUCUAAUUUUUUUAUAACACGUGUUACCCAAAACAGUUUGGCAGAGGUUCUUGUAGCUAACUCAUACACUGAUCCGUCCGAAAGAAAACCAUGAAAGUAAAAUCUUCUACACAAGUUUAACUACUAUGUAAAACAAAUCAGUAAUAUCACUGCUGAAAUCUUUACUAAUUCAGAGCAAAGAGAUUAUCUUAUCACUCAUGAAAGAUCAAGCCUGACUUAUUAGGAAAUAAAUGCACAAAUAUAAAGUAAUGCACAAAGGAACUAUGGAAUAUGUCUGUAAGGAUCUAAUGAAAGAAUUCCACAUUCUUUAUUUUACUUUUCACUGACGCUUCAGGAUUUAUUUUACUUCAGAAAGUUUUUUUUUUCUAUGUGCAUUAUACGUUUUUUCUUCCACAGGAUUUUUUUCUCCGUGUGGUUUAUUUGUCUGUUAGUAUGAAAAUCACAUACCGGCAUAGAAAAACAGUUCUGUUUGAUGGAUUGUAAAUCCUGAAGUUACUGUGAAAAAGAAAAAGUCGAAUUAAAUUGCAUAUUUAUACGAUCAUUCCUUAUAUAUGUGCAUUUUAUAGAUUAAUUUCAGUUCCUUUGUUCAUUUUUUUCAAAAUGUAUUUUCUUUUUUCUCUUGUGUAAGUCAGGUUUGAUCUUUUCAUAUUUUGGAGAUGUUUUGGCUGCUGUCUGUUUUUGGAUUUACAGUAUUUUUGCGCAGCGACUACUCAAGUGAGUUGUUAUCUCCUCCCCCAGCUCACUUGACCACAUCUAAGUCCAUUUUUUGCAGUUGAUUCAGCUCCACAUGUCAGUUUAGUUUCUAACUAAGACCCUUUUCCUGGGUGAAGGAAAUGGAGGAAACUGCUGCCUCCAUUGGAUGGUUGUUGGAGGGGCGAUGCUGCUAGAUAUCAGGCUUUCACACAGACAUUGCGCACUGACAAAACAGCUGUGCCCAAAUUUUAAGCUUUAAUUUGCUUCCAUGUUUUUGGUGUCGCGGUGGAUGCCAGAUUUUAGCAGUGUUACGUCACUGUAAAGCUGGAUUUCUUUAUCCUAUACAAAUGGCUCCUUUUCUCUCAAGACUUAAAUCUAUCAGACAAAGGUGCCUGUGUUCCCUGUUGCUCUGUGAUGCCAUGUAUGAAAGUCUUUUCUAUUUUUUUUUUCCAAUUUAAUUUAUUGUUUAUUUAUUUUAUAGCAAAUGUUGUUGGUUCUUAUUUUUUGGGAUAUAAAAUAAUAAUGGUAACGUCCCUCCCAGUCAGAUGUUACAUCUGAUAUCAUGGGGUUUUUUUUUCUUUUUUUAAGAAAAUCAAGAGCCUUUGUUGUUUUUGUACCUUAUGGUGUUUGUUUUUAUCCAUUUAUCAGUUCUCAGCACAGUUGUGAGGACACACAGGUCAAAAUCAAAUUCACAAUCAUCUGUCUUGAAACUCUGAUACAGUUUCACUCCUUCAUUUUAUACAUUUCAUCCAUUUUAGAGGCAGUGAAGAAAUAUGAUUUGUCAUGUUGCCAGUGAUUAUCCUGUACAUUAAAAAGACGUUACCGUUCUUUGCCAUGCACAUUAGUGUUGCUCGUGGCUUACGUGUGUACGCAAAGCUCAGUUCUGAUGUUUUACCGUUUUCCUGUACUGUAAAUACAAACUUCGUAAGUAAUCCUGACUUUAGCGUUCUCUAACUAAUUGAUAGGAUGAACCUAACAACAACUUAAUGUGAUGCAAUAAAGUGG